AUCGCCAAGUUUAUAUUUAUCAACGGCAGUUGGUGCUUAUCAGCAGCCAUUUAGAGUUUUCACGUUCAAGUCACAUUUAGAAUAACCAACGACAAUAACGGGUCUUCUGCACUACGGAAUAAGACUUUCCUGGCAAAAGCUGCUCUACCUGGAGAAGCAGUAGGCUACAGUUAUAAUACAAACCAAGUCAUAUUGUGAAUCUAGACGAAUAUGGUGUGUUGCUGGAACUUGAUAUUUUUUAUCAGUCCAUUUAUAACCACAUUGGGUUACCUUGGGACGCUGUCGUCAGUUUCGGCGUCUUCUGAUUGUAAUUUCCCAUAUCCCAAACACUACACGGCGUACCACUUGAACGCUGGGGAGAUCAUUAACGUGGACGGCAAGGUGGACGAAGACGCCUGGAGCAAAGUGGCAUGGACAGAUGAAUUUAUGGACAUACAGGGCCCAUCUUUCCCAAAACCAAGGUUUACCACAAGAGCCAAGAUGCGAUGGGACGAGAACUACCUGUAUAUUGCUGCCUUUAUGGAAGAAACGGACGUAUGGGCGAAUCAAACCAAACACGACUCGGUAAUAUUUUACGACAACGAUUUCGAGGUCUUCAUUGACCCGAGCGGAAGCACCCAUUUCUACAAAGAAUUUGAAAUGAACGCCAUAAAUACCACGUGGGACCUGGAACUGAACAAACCCUACUUAAAUGGAGGAACUCCCAAUUCCUCUUGGGAAAUGCCCACCAUGAAAACAGCCACUUUUGUGGACGGUCCUGUCAAUGACCCUUUAGUUAAAAAUACAUACUGGACUGCUGAAAUCGCCAUGCCGUUUAAAGAUCUGAUACACGGGAAAACGGGGAUGAGGGCGCCUCCCAAAAAUGGGGAUCAGUGGAGGAUCAACUUCAGUCGCGUUGAGUGGCACGUGAGAGUCGUCAACGGGCAUUAUGAGAAGGUCCCCAACAUCAGAGAGGAUAACUGGGUGUGGUCUUCCCAGAAUGCAAUAAACAUGCAUCUUCCAGAAAGAUGGGGAUUCCUUUUGUUCAGCAAGGAGGCUGUCAAUCAGACGACCUAUACAAAAUAUCCUGACUGGAACGUGUAUUACGCUCUCACUCAAGUCUACAAUGCGGAAAAAGCUUUUGCGGCGGUAAACGGCUACUUUACAGAUGUUUUAGACCAGUUAAAUCUGCCGAGUAGCAUUACACAAGGAAAAUGUGCAAAAAUUCCCAAAGUAGAUGUCCCUAAAUUUCAGACGAGCAAAUUUAAUGUAACAGUCUCCCCGUUGGUGUCUGGCGCCCCUAUCGGUCACAUUUCAGAUGACAGAUUGAUUUGGUUUGAAGAGAGCAAAAUCAAAAGUUUGUUCCUCGUUAAAAUAUGUCGUUUGUUUAAUUUGAGCCUGUGUCAGGCUCUGUCUUAAUAAAUUUUAACUGCUC